ACCUCUGCGAAUGGUUUUCCAUUUGCGGUCUUCAGAGGAGGAGCUGCAGUUGAAAACAAGGUGACCAGAUCUGGUGGCCGUCAGGCAGCUGCUGUCGCCGGCGGUGGUGGAAGUCUUGAAGCUUCUUAGGUGCAGGGCUACGCGCGUCGUCGUGGCUGUAUUCGAUGAUGGACGAAGAAGAGGAGAAAGAGGGUUUGUCUGAUGGCAUGGAGUGUGAGGAGGAGAUGGAAGAGAGCUUGCCGGAGGCGGGGGAUCUACGUGUUUUGCCAGAAGAUCAGCCGGUCAUUACAUCUCGUCAGUCAGUCAAGCGUGUUGUAGAUGCAGUUAGCAAAUUCGAUGAAUACAAGAGAUGGCUCGUAUCUGAGAUUGGAUUUGGUGGAAUCCUGAAGUUGCCGAUGAUUACAAGGAUGGAUCUGAAAAUGAGUGUUUGGGUCAUGAGGAAGGUAAAUGCUCGGUGUCGUGUAAUUGAAAUAGAUGAUGACAAGAAGAUUGCUUUCACAGUCGAAGAUUUCCACAAGGUAUUCGACAUCCCGUGUGGGAACCGAGACGUGAGUGGAAGGGAUGCACAAAUUGCUGCUCCGGCAAUCCAGUUCAUAAAGCGUACAAUUGGUAUGGAUGGUUCAGUUGCUUAGAAUUUGAAAGCGGUUGAAAGCUUUAUAAACAGAGAGCUUUCUGAGGACUCUAGUAAGAUGGAGAAGGAUUGCUUUCAGAUUGCAUUUGUAAUUUUUGUGAUGGGUUACCUGAUAGCACCGUGCACGAAGUAUGACUCAAUGACAAUUGAUUUCUGGGGUGCUCUAGCUAACCCGGAGUUGAUUGCACAAUUCAAUUGGUGUGAGUAUGGUAUCCAGAAGCUUCUGGCAGCUGUAUCGAAGGUGCAGAGUGAUUAUCAAAGCAAAGCAGCCACGGUCCAUCUGUUUGCCUGCCACUUCUUCUUCCAGUUGCGCCCGGCGGACCAAGUUUGCUAUACGCGGCCGGAUGUGAGGAGCCAAGGCUUCAUUGAUGCCGAUGUAACGUCAGCCUCAGGGAGAUACCCAAAUGUUGAGGUGUCUGUCAGGAUGAAACAGCGGACUCCGGAAUUGGUUGUACCUGCAACAACGACACGAGCAGACUCACUAGGUGAUGCGAGGUCGGCGUAUCAUUCUCUUGGUCCGAGGGAUUUUGCAAAUCAUCUUCGACGGUCUUGCCACGGUGAUCCGGUUCUCGAGGAGCUGAGCCUGAUGCUGAAACAACAGAAUGCAAAGUGCACGCUGAGCAUGUCGCUGCUGCGGAGUAGGAUGCAGGCCGACAUGCUUAGUUUUGCUGAUAGAAUUGUAUCACUUGUUCGGGAUCGAUGCAGAUGUUGUGAGAAGCGCGGCAGGUCAAAGUGUAUUUCUUUGAAUUGGUCUGACAAGUCAUCCGAAGAUGCGCAGGGUAUAGAGCAGAAGGCGUUAUGGACGGUUGCUCGUCGUCUCGAGAUGUCUGAUGAGGAAGAUCUGAAGAUGGGCUCACCAGAGCACCUAGACGCGGCACCUGUGUAUGAUAAUCCAGUGGUUGACAACCAAGUCAUGGAAGAAAGGAACCCAACACUAGAUAUAAUUGGACUUUAUGCGCAGGUAAUUGUUGAUACGGUUCGUAGUCUGUAUGACACUGCUGAAGAAGAGCCGAAUGUAGUCUACUUUGGGAAUAUGGAAGCCACGUUGCCCAAAAGGAAGUAUGCGAUGUCUGCAAGUUUUGCACGCAGCCCAUGGCUAAGUGGGUGUCUACCACAGCCUCCGCCAAUCUCUUUGGUGAACAAGUUUAGCACGUGGAUUUCCAGGGACAAUGAUUCUGACCUCGACAGUCUCUGGUUUGAGCACAAAUUCCCGCGGAUGCUACGUGUAAAUGCCGUAUGUGUGAAGCAGCAAUUUUUCGGGGCUCAUCCACUUGACCACGAGGUAGCUGUGCUUGCACUAAGGAGGUUUAAUCAGCUUGAUGUCGAAGCCCAAGCUGUGUCCAAGUAUCUUUUGUGGAGGGAAGUUCUUGAACCGGAUUUCUCGACACAUGCUCUUGCCGGGGAAAAGGUUGCACAUAUCAAGGCGGUGCAGUUGCAAAUUGCACAUGCGCACCAUGACAUAACUGCAUGCCAGACGUUCUAUACCCCAGUCAUUCUUGAUCAUGGAUGGGCAGCAUAUAUGUGGGACAUGAUCAGGAAGGAGAUUCACAUUCUUGAUCCGUUGUGUGCUCAGCCUGUGGGAGCAGAAAAGCGGCAUGCGACGCACCAGGAGGCUGUGUCUCAGAUACAUGAAGCAUUGUUCAGUUGUCUCAAUGAGUUCUUUGCAAGAUGGCAUUGUACAUCAGAUAGAUGGAAGCGCAAGUCCCCAAAGAUAACACGUGAGGUUUUCACAAGGGAUGAGUCUGGAAUGUGCAUGUUGCAUGCAAUUAGGCACUAUGAUGGGGAAAAGAUGACGUGGCCACUGACGAAGAGGAAUUUGGAUACUUUCCGACAAACAACUGUUUUCGAGGUAUUUCGUCUGCAGGAUGAGCAAGGGAAUUUUGUUGCUGAUCAUGUCUUACGGGCUGCUCUUGAAGAAGAUGAGGAAUGAUCUCAUCUGUUUGAUUGUGUCUUGUGUGGACUUAGGAUUUGAGGACGAAGGAUGAUAUGUGUGAUGUGUUGCAUGACUCUUGCAUGGAAGCAUGUAGUUUUCUAAAUUAGGAUUGUUGAUGACGUGGCAACCUUUUUAAGUAUGUGGACGUAUGUUAUGUAUGGAUCUUGUGUUAUUUGUGGUUGAACUGAUAUGAUUUUAAGUUUUUUCGUAACUAGAUUGUAGUACAUUUUCUGUCAUACAAAGGAAUCUUCGGAAUGAGUGAUUUACAUAUCUAGAGACGAACGAGAAUUUUUUCAUAUCGUUUCAUGAUGUCGGCAUAGGGGAGUUUUAUUUUAUGUGUAAGUGCGAAUGUCGAGUGAGUACUGGAUGGGCGUGAAGAAAUGCAUUUUAAAAGAUUUGUAGUUAAGAUUUCGUUUACAAGUGAUGCGUAAUUAGGAUUGCUAUCCAAUUUUUUUAAGAUGUGCGGUUACAACUUCCAAUGUCAAAAGUAGGUCAGCGACAAUUUUUUUUUUGUAGUAGCAUAUGUUGCAGACUGAUGGCAGUCUUUUUUUUAUGGUUUAUGUUGGCUUGUCAAGUUUUUUGCUUCAUAUGUAUUUCGCUCUUGGGGAAAUAUAAAUCAUUUAUUUUCGCACAAGUGUAUUUUGGGUUUUUUUAUGAACUAGUAAAUGGUUGGAAUGUGUUUGGUGCACUUUCUAGAGAGAAAAUAAUCGAGCCGUAUAUAAUUCUUUCCAAGUAGGUUUAGGCCCAUUUGUUUUGCCAGAAUCUGGGGAUUCUCCCAGAAUCCGACCUUUACCCAGCUUCUCCCAGAAUCUUUGAGCCCCAUUUGUUUUUCAAUCUUGUCUAAUUAGAACCUAACUAGAUAGGAUUGUAAAACAAACAGGGCUCAAAGAUUCUGGCAAAAGCUGGGUAGGGGGUCGGAUUCUGGUAAAACAACUGGGCCUUAGUCAGAGAUACUUACUAUUACGUUUGCGAUGCCAGCAUGUGAAUGUUGUUUGCUUCAUACGUAGUGUGGUUUAUAGGAAAGGCAGUCCAAGUUAUUAACAAUUUUUUCAGUUAUUUUUUUUAAAAGUUUUUAAUGGAAUUAUCUUUUUACAUCAUCUCGAGUGUGUUGUGGAAAGAAGUGUUUAUUCUGAAUGUGGCACAUCUGCUUCGAUAUACUUUGAAUUUUAUAGAUUUGUUCACACACACGCAUCCAUGUUUUGUAGGAAAAAUUAUCUUGAAAUUUGCAAUUCCUUGAGAAAGAGGCAAUCUUGGAUUGGAUCUUUGUAUUUUUUGGCGGCACCCACAGCUUGAAGAUAUCUGACAUGCGGGGCGUUUGCCAGCCGUCGUGCACGAGUUUGUAGGGGAGUUUGGUUGCAUCGAACAUUGAGAAGAAUCUGUCUAUGUUGGGAUUCUCUGGGUUGUUGGCGAAUUCCUCCUGCAAGCAGCAGCAGAAUAUCUUUUGUAUUUUCCAUAUUCUGGUAGGAGUCAUAGACAUUGAAGUAAGAGGGCUGGUCUGCUAUUAUCCUCAGAAAUCUUGCAACCUCAACGUCUGGCUCGAUCUUUGGUGUUGCUGAAAUGGGCAGGUCAUCGCCGGUCGCUUGGCAGUUGCUAGGAACAUCUGAAUUAGAAGUCAACAGGUUUCUGUUGUUAGAGGUAUGUUGGUUGUUGCAGAUGAAGUUAUCGUAGCCAACUGGAUGUGAGUUUGAUUGAACUUACCAUCGCCGAUCAGGUACGGAGUCAGAGAUGUAUUUGUAGGAUGAGCGCAUAUAUUUUCAUGUGAGUCUGUGUUUGGAGAAGGAGAUGUGCUUCUGCGAUCUGCAACUGGAAAUUUGUUUAUUUUUUCUCUGCAGUCCUGAUGAUGUUUUGCACAAAGGUGUAAAGACAGGAGAAUGGUACCUUCAUCUGGGUAUUCUUUUUGCAUCCCAGUAGUGUCAGCUGCAUUUGCUGGGAGAGGUGUGCUGUUUGGGAAGCUCGCCUGCGUGGUAUCUGCUGAGUAGUGAGUAGAGUUUAGAAAGAGGAGUCAUAUUUUCGACCAAUUUGGCUGAUCACCACAAGUGGAAAGGAACAGAAAGGUUAUAAGCUAUGAUGAAGCAUUAGAAGAUGGCUGUACCUUUGGCAGGGAUUUCAUCAGUAGCAGAGGCAGACACAGCAUUGCCAUUAUUUGUAUUCCGUGGACCCGUAUGCCCAUCAACAUCUGCAUCGGUUGGAGUUGUAUGGAAGUGAGUCACAAUAUUACCGAAGCAUUAAAUCAUUGCACUGGAUGAGGCAAUCAAGAAAUUAUGCUUUCAUCAAUCAGUAUUGCGCAUUGACGGUGAGGGAAGUACCUCUGUUGUGGAUCAGUGUAUGAACAUUUUCUGCUUGAACGGUAGCACCAUCUCCAGUAGUUGGAACCACAGUGGUAGCACAGAAACUUGCACAACCGGCAACUGCUAAGGAAGCCAGUUAGUUUUGUUGCUAUUGGCACAAUGGAUUUAUUUUUAUUUGGCAGAUCAUAGAUGGGUUUAAAGUGUUACCUUCUGCAAGCAGGUCAUCAUGGUGACUUGAAUUGCACAUAGCUGUUGCUGGACUUGAAUCCCAAAGUGGUGGAUUUCCUGCCAUGGCAUCAGAUGCAAAGUCAAUACAUGGUAAAUGAGCAUGAAGAUGAAAAUUAGAUAGUGUAUCACUUUCGAGAAGUGCAUUGUAAAUAGUCAAGGUGAUGAUGCACCUAAAGCCAUGGGCGUUUGUGUCGUUGCUGCAUCUUGCAUGGCUAGGGUCAGUGAUGGAGAAUUUGCAGGAAUUUGUUGGCAUGAUGGUCUUGUGGUCACUGCAGCGAUGGAUGGAAUUGAUGGGGUGCCUGCAUUUUUUGUUAGUUCAAGCUCGGUUAAUCUGAGUUUACAGUUGCAGUAUAGUUGCAGCAAUUAAACAAAGCUGCUCAGAGUACUUUCACUAGAAGGAAAGUCAACCUGCAAGCUGCUGAUCAAGUAUAGCACAAAUGGCACUCUGUGAGCGUUCUCGACGCUUGUAUGCAACUACACGAUCUUUGUAUUUAGUAAUCCUUGAAGGACCUGGUUCAGAACAGAGUAAGAGCUAGAGUUAAUGAUGAUGAAACUUAGAAUAUGACAACAGGAAAGCAUGCAACGAUAUAAGCUUGGCUAACCUGAAAGAUGUCUGUGACGAGCAGUUUGGCGAUUAUUACUAGUCUGCGUAGUUGGAUCAGGGGCUGAUCUCGCUGUUUUAGGUCCCUCACUGUGAGGUGGUUGGACAGCAGUAGACAUUUUGUAUUUCUUAUACCCUGUUAUAUUUUCAGCGCCUGACCUUUGACGUUUUACUAGCCAUGCUGGUUUUUUUGCGACUUCCGUCACAUAUUUCCGUCUCCGCAGAUGGUAAGGUGGUUCUGGGCAAUGUGGUGAUAAGAGCACACCUGCAGAAGCACAGAGAUUAGAGAUGUGAGCAGAACGAUCAGAGAUGUCAUUAAAACGAAGAGCACGGGGUGCAAGGAGGCAGGAGGCGUCUCUUAUGAUAAGAUUCUGUGAUGCUCCAACAAUACGUGGUUCAGGUAGGCGAGCUUCAGGAGUCCUCUCAAGAUAGUUUUCUGUGUGAUCUGUUGAUGGAACGAGAUUUAGUCUAAUUGUCUUGAUUGAUGCACCUUUCUUGUUGGAGAGAAACAGAAACGGUGGAUAAAUUUUUCAUAAGGUAUUGAGACUUUACUGGCCAGCUGAAGAAGUGUUUCAGCGCAUGCAUUUGCAUGUUCCAUAGGGUGCUGUGUCUGCAAGGCUGUAUUAGGAAACCAAUAUAUAAGUUAGAGAUUGUACACAGGAUAGCCGACUUUCACCAACAGGAGCAAGACAAGACGUACGGGUUAUGAAUGUUGGACUAGAAAGAUGGGCAACAUUCCCAGUGAAGGAUCGCUCCCCUCUGCGUGCUUCUGCUAAGGCUUGUUCUUGAGGAAGACUCGGUGAUGGCACAUCUUGUCGUCCUGGUACACCUACGAAAAUUCAAGGUUUGGCGUCAGAAGAAGAGCCGUACAUGAUAAAGUGCAGAUUAGUUUGGUAUGAGAACAUACGUACCCUGGGUAACUACUAGUGCUGUAGCUGUGCAAUCCAGAGGGCUGGGGUUUAGAUGCAUAGCAUGUGUGUUAAGGCGAGCUUUUUCUGCAGCAGCAAGUCGGUUCAUGAACUCUUUGUACAUGGCAGAGGCGACUGAAGAUAGGUCGCUGGAAAUAUGGUUAACAAUGCUGCUGCAACGUUCUUGGUGUUGUGCUGACAGGAUUUGCCCUGGAGGUGUGUGAUUUCUAGCGAAAUGAAUUGCGGUUUUUCUGAUCUAAUUGCAGACCACAGAGCUGAUGAACUGAUUAGCAGUAGCCUGGACAGUGUGCAUUGAAAUCAUGCUCGCCCGUAGUAGGAUCGGAUGUAUAUACCAUCUAGUCUCUGACAGUGCCCCUUCAGCUUUUGUCUGCAUAUUUUGUUAACAAUUAUAAUUGUAGUCAUGUAUAAUUUGCAUGACAAUGAAACAAACUCGUGAAAAAAGAGAGCAAAAAGUGUCACCUUGAA